AAUGUUUCCAUGGUCAAGGUGUUUUUUGCAGAAACGUUUCAGAUUUCGUUUCGUUCUCCGGCGUCGCUUGAGUCCCUUGGGAGCUGGAGGUGAUCAAUGGCGAGGCUCUGUGGCGAGUGUAGAUAAGCCCCGUAUGAAGUGAAAAGCCCUCCCCAUCCAGCAGUAUUUCCUCCCAGCACCACCACCAGAAAUAAGGGAUGUCAGGAUUGUUCCUCUUUUUGGCAGUCCUCUUUGUCUCUUGCGGCAUCCAGAUGUCUCCUGCUGCUACCUUGGAUAAGCUGAGAGACGACUGGGAACGGUAUGGGGCAGAAUGUCAACAUAACAACAGUCAAUAUCCACCCAGCAGUGGUCUUGUGUGCAACAGGACAUUUGACAAUUAUACCUGUUGGCCUGAUGGAUUCCCCAACACCACCGUCAGUGUGGCAUGUCCAUGGUAUUUGCCGUGGUACCAUAAAGUUCAACACGGCAUGGUAUAUCAGGAGUGUGAUACCAAUGGGCACUGGGUGACUAAGAAUACCAGCGAGUGUGAUUCACAUGAUUCAAGGCUGGUCUACUAUAAAUAUAUCAAGAUCAUGUACACAGUGGGCUAUUCCUUGUCCCUGGUGGCGUUGGUACUGGCUCUUGGUAUCCUCAUUUUUGUCAGAAAGCUGCACUGCAUGAGAAACAACAUUCACAUGAAUCUGUUUGCUUCCUUCAUCCUGCGAGCCCUAUCGGUCCUUAUCAAAGAUGCUCUGCUGGAGGCCAGCUUCACAUCACAAAAGAUCAUCGGAGAUGAGGGCCAGGGGUUCCCCAGUGAAUCGAUGCCCACAGUGGAGCUGCUGCAAACAGGGGUGGCUGAUAACCAAGGGAGGCCUCAAAAGGUGAACGUCCAGUGGCAGAAGAAAUGUGUGAAUUUAAGGCAUACUCAAUCCAAGACAACAAUUAACUGUCGCAUCGCCUUGGUGAUGAUGCAGUACAGUGUCAUGGCCAACAGCUACUGGCUGCUGGUGGAAGGCAUCUAUCUCCACAACCUUCUGGUCAUUACAGUGUUCACAGAGAGAAACUACUUCAAAAUCUACCUGUGCAUCGGCUGGGGUACACCAUUAAUAUUCCUUGUCCCAUGGGCAAUCUCUAAAUAUAUAUAUGAAAAUACAGAGUGCUGGGAGAUGAAUACCGACAUGAAUAUCUGGUGGAUAAUCCGAGCACCAAUACUGCUUGCCGUUGUGAUCAACUUCAUUAUCUUUAUACAUAUCAUCAGGAUCCUUUUUUCCAAACUUCGAGCACACUUAAUGGGAUACACAGAUUAUAAAGUCAGGUUGGCAAAGUCAACUCUAACACUGAUCCCGCUUCUGGGAAUCCAUCAUAUGGUCUUUGUCUUCUUACCUGAUGAGACCACCAACGACACUUUACAUCUACGUCUCGCUAAGCUCUUCGCUGACCUCUUCCUCUCCUCCUUCCAGGGUCUCCUGGUGACGAUCUUGUACUGUUUUGUCAACAAAGAAGUGCAAUCUGAGAUCCUGAGGAAGUGGAAGCGCUGGAAACUAGGGAGGAACAUUGAGGAGGAAUAUCGUCACACCAACAGCAAUACCAAUAACACGAAGACAGGCAGCCUGCUGAACCAUAUCCCUCGGCUUUCCCACCUUCAGGACAUCGGCAAAUCUUCUGGCCCUGUCUGCAGUCCCGAAGAGCAAACAUGGCUUGUGACUCGCUGCCACAAUGGGAUGGUCCACGGCAAGGAGACGGACAUCUGCAGCUCCCAGCAGAGCGAAGGAACCACCAACUGCACCCUUGUGGAGGAUAGCAGCCUGUCGGAUAAGAUGCAAUGUUUUGAGGUUCAGAGAGAGAAUGUCGAGAGCCACCUUUGUAAGAUAUGAGAGAGAACUUUAGAAAAGAAGUCAGAUGGUUUUGAGCUCUGAUGGAGCUGCUGUGAGUGGUGUGCUGACUGAUUUACUCGUGGCAGCAGUCGUCAGUCAUAAGUGUCACUGGAAGAAGCUCUCAGCCCUGUAAUAUGACAGCAGUAUGGCACACAUCCAAACCAGGGUGCUCAGUGUGCUGUGAGUCUUGUAAAAUGAUUGUCUUGAUGUUUGUCAAUUUAACAUAUGAAGCUGCUGCCUGUUGAACAAUUUUACCAACAAAUUCAAGAAAACACAAAUGACUACAAAAGAAAUACAAAAGCACACAGGGUCCUGGCAUGAGCCUCUGCUUUAGUGUUUGCUUUAUGACAAAUAUGUGUUUUGUGGUACAACAAACUGAACAUUGGACUGCGCACCCAAAAAACAAGACCAAAUGACACAGAACAAGAAGGACAAAGGGGAAUGCUUUUUUUACUCAAUAUGCUCCGCUCUGGUAUGUGUAUAUUGCCAUCUUGUCCAUAUUGAUACUAAUGAAACUGUACUGAGAACGAAAUAAAAAAACGUUAAUGUGACUUUACCUCAAACAGUUAGGUAACCACAGAGUUAUUGUUGAUGGGAAAAAGGCAGCUGCUCACCCCAGGUCCUGCCUGGCUUAUACACAGACAUAAAAUGAGAUCAAGGCAUGAAUAACUAAAUGAAUAAUGUUUGAUUUCUUUUCUUGGUUUAGGUAUUGCUGAGUGUUACAGUUUUAUUUUGGUCACAGUUGCAAAGGUAUAAUGCCCUUUUUUUUUUUACAUGUUACAUUCCAAACAAAAACUUCAAUGUAAUUUUUUGGGAUUUUAUGUGAUGGACCAACAGAAAGUAGCACAUUAUUGAUAAGUGAAAGACAAAAGACUUAUGGUUUUCCAUAUUUUUACAAAUAAUAUUAUGAAAAUUGUGGUGUGCUUUUGCAUUCUUACCCCCGACAUAACAUUUUAGCUACUCUAUGGCUCUCUUUCAGGAUUGUCUUUUGUCUAGCCUCUCUUUGCUAUUUCCAUCAAAUCUGUCCUGCUUCACUGUUCCUCUAAAAGAAAAGCAUCCCCACAGCAUUAUGCUACUCCCACCAUGGCUCACCAUGUGGAUGAUCUGUUCAGGUUCAUAUGAAGUAUUUUUAGGGACAGUGUUUUACAUGUAGGGUUAAACGUUUGGUCUAAUUUAAAUUUAAACUGGAGUUUUAUUGCUUUACUUAAACAAAGACUUCCUUCUUGCCACUCAUCUAAUAAUGGCAGAUUUGUGGAGUAAACAAGUAAUAGUUGUCCCUUCGACAACUUCUCCCACCUGGGCUUUGGAUCUCCGUGGCUCCUCUACAUUUGCCAUGGGUUGGUUUUCGUGUACAGCCAUGUAUUGGUAGCUUUGCAGCUAUGUCAUCUUAUUUCUGUUUAAAUCCCGUUUAAGAUUCAAAAGCUCCUACAAUCUACUUUCCGAGGGCCUCAGACAGCUCUUUAGAUCUUACCAUGGUGUUCAACUCUCAGUCCAACAGUCAGAAGCUAACCAGAUUUAAAGCUUAAAGCGUAUUUUUUCCUUUUAAAAUUGGAAUAAAUAUUGCCUUUUUCCUUAAAAUGUUUUUUAUAGAUUUUACAGAAAAAACUUAAAAGAUGGUUGGAUGGAUGGAUGGAUGGAUGGAUGGAUGGAUGGAUGGAUGGAUGGAUGGAUGGAUGGAUGGAUGUUUCUUAAAGCAAUGUUGCACUGGAUUUUAUUUAGGGGUAUCAGAGUGAAGGGGAACAAAAUUACCCAAUUUUCAGAUUUAUUUAAUAAAAGAGAAACCUCAUUUAUCAUUUUUGUUGGUCAGCCACAUACAAUUACUAUAAAACAGAUUGAAGUUUGUGGUUGUAACAUGCCAAAAUGUAAAAACCCUAAGGGCUAAGACUAUUUUUGCAAGGCACUGUAUACACUAUAUAGCAAGAGUGCCAUCCAUAAACCACUCGAUUCAAUGUAAAACAAAAAAUAAAAAACUGAAGCCUUGUUUCAAUAAUUUCUGAAUGGAUCACUGUUUCACAAAAUGAGCCAACACCUCGGAAACAGAGUGUGUUUGUAGUGUUACAUCAUCGGACGAGCAUAUAUACAUAGAACUAUAAUUAUAAAAUAUAAGAAUAAAUCUCUUAGUACACAUAUAUGCCAUAAAAUGACAUCAAAUGUUGUUAAAAUGUGGGACUGACAGUGCUAAAGAGUGCUGGCACCAUGUUUCUCUAUGGACAGUGUUUACCUUGCAACCAUAUGUUGAAGAAGCCUAAAAGCAGACCAAAGCUCAUCUGGUUAUCUUUCAGAUGCUUAAGUUAGCGGUACAUUUGCUUGUAAAUAAGUUGUCACCUGUAGAGCAUUAAUCAAACUUUGAGUUCCUAAAAGAUCUACUAGAGCUAACUUAACGUGAUUUUUGUAUGAAUAACUAUUUGCACAGUGUUAAUUUAUACUGGUAAUUGCUAAAUAUUAUAUACAUAUAUGUGUUUAUACAAAGUAUUUAGCUUUCUUGUGAAUGUGUGUUUAUACAGGGUAUGAAUACUCUUGAUUUUAUUAUUCCAGGUUUGUGGAUGUAUUACACUAAGAGGACACAAAAUCAGUAGCCAAAAGGCUAAGGGGUUGAUGAAAAACAGCGGAGCACAGAGGUUAAAGGCUGGUACAAAUUAGUCUCACUCUGACAUUAAGCAGCACAAGACAUUCCCAGAUCUCAUGCCUAUAUAGUGCAUGAAGAAAAAAAGCUCUGUCUUUGAUUUUAAAGUCCUGAUGGACCUCAGAGCAAAUUCAAGCACUACAGCAACAUUUUUGUUGUGUCAGAUAAUUGUUCUGCUCCCAGCCAGUUUCUAUCAUUGAGUGGGUAGAAAACAAAUUGCAGGCAAAAGCUAUUUUCCAUCAGCAUCUGCUGAGGGUUGCCACAGAGCAAGUAGACAUCCAAUAAUUGAGCUGGGAGCACGGUGCACACACCGGUGCUGCAGAGCUGGAGGAAAAUGCUUGCAUACUCAUACUCAAAUAGAAAGAGUAAUGACUGGUUUUGGCAUACCAGAAGUGCAUUGCUAAUUUUAUUUUAAAGUAAAAUCAGCAUUUUAAUGAAAUUUGACUUAUAAGCAUAGGUUUGGGUCAUCCUCCAUUUUUGUGGACCAAAGUGGUUCUGUCUGAAUGUAUUCUUGGUAAGGCUCAAAUUAAUAUGUUUCUUUACUCUUCUCUUCAUGGUGUUUCUGUAAAGUAUGAACAGGUCAGUGGAAGAUGACUUCAUUCAGGUGUAAACAGUCCGUCAUAUAUUGUAUUAUAUACGUGCAAGUGGUGAAAGAAUAAUAUUCAAUGUAUGUGAAAUAUGAAUUUACCUCACAAUGUAUUUUGUAUUGGUAGACAUUUAAGACAUUAAAGAAAUGAGAAAGCA